CUCACGCGUCUCCCUUGUUUUGCCCGGCUGUGAUCAUUCCGUGCCGUGCGCGCGUCUGUUCGUGUCCGCCGGUAGUUCUUUGGAACGUUUUCGUGUUUCGAGGUGGUACUUUUUCCGUGUUAAGAAGACAGUUUAUGAAGAAUUUAAGAGGUGCUUAGGACUUUUCACCAUGAAUAUACCAGUUCUCUGGAGACUUGCAGGGUUUCUCUUGCUUUCUCAUUUUGGCACGGCUGAAAGCGACAGUAUGGGCCCCGUGUUCAUCACAGAGCCUCCGAACAGGGUGGACUUCUCAAACACGACGGGGGCGGUGGUGGAGUGCGCAGCGAGGGGUAGCCCUGCCCCGGAGAUCAUCUGGGCACGUGCGGACGGCACAGCAGUUGGUGACGUACCGGGACUGCGGCAGGUUCUGCCCAAUGGAAAUCUCGUAUUCCCUCCUUUCAGAGCUGAAGACUAUAAACAAGAAGUGCACGCACAAGUAUAUGUUUGUUUAGUAAAGAAUUUGGUUGGCACGAUUCUGUCAAGGGACGUCAACGUGAGGGCAGUGGUGCAGCAGUUCUAUGAUACAGACGUGAAUAAGGAAUAUGUGAUAAGAGGAAAUUCAGCUGUCCUUAAGUGCCAGGUGCCUUCAUUUGUAGCCGAUUUUGUUAGAGUUGUGUCGUGGCACACAGAUCAGGGUGACGUUUACUACCCGUCCACAUCAGACUACGAUGGAAAAUACUUAGUCCUGCCUUCGGGAGAGUUGCACAUUCGCGACGUUGGACCAGAGGACGGAUAUAAGUCGUACCAGUGUCGGACCAAACACAGACUGACAGGAGAGACAAGACUGAGCGCCACCAAGGGCCGCCUUGUCAUCACGGAGCCAGUGGGGAUUUCCACACCCAAGUUCUCAACGUUGGACAACCUGCAAGGUUUGAAGGCCAGGUCCUCCCAUAGCUUUGCAUUGCCGUGCCCAGCCCAGGGGUUUCCUGUUCCAGUUUUUAGGUGGUAUAAGUUUAUUGAAGGCACCCCUCGCAAGCAGGCAGUCACACUCGAUGACAGAGUGAAGCAAGUGAGUGGCACGCUGAUCAUUAAAGAAGCUCGUGUCGAGGAUUCUGGAAAAUACUUGUGCGUUGUCAAUAACUCAGUUGGCGGAGAAAGUGUGGAGACAGUUCUUACUGUUACUGCACCACUUGGAGCCAGCAUAGAACCUCAGACGCAGACUGUGGAUUUUGGCCGACCAGCAGUGUUCACGUGCAGUUUCGAAGGAAACCCCAUCAAGACCGUCAGCUGGCUCAAGGAUGGGAAACAUCUGAAUCACGAAGAGUCGGUGCUGAGGAUAGACUCAGUGAAGAAAGAGGACCGCGGCAUGUACCAGUGCUUCGUGCGGAAUGACCAGGAGAGUGCCGGGGCGAGCGCAGAGCUGAAGCUGGGAAGCAGAUUUGAGCCCCCGCAGAUAACACAGAGCUUCUCGGAAGAAACCUUGCAGCCGGGACCCUCAAUGUUCCUCCAGUGCGUGGCAUCAGGGAACCCGACCCCGGAGAUUACUUGGGAACUAGAUGGCAAGAAGCUGUCCAAUAGUGACCAUCUCCAGAUUGGGCAGUACGUGACUGUGAAUGGCGCAGUAGUCUCCCAUCUCAAUAUUUCUUCUAUUCACACAAAUGAUGGCGGUCUGUACAAGUGCAUAGCUUCAUCGAAAGUGGGCUCUGUGGAACAUGCAGCGAAAAUAAAUGUUUACGGGAUGCCUUUCAUUCGGCCCAUGGAGAAGAAGGCGAUAGUCGCUGGUGAAACAUUGAUCGUAACAUGUCCAGUUGCAGGGUACCCGAUUGAGUCAAUUGUUUGGGAGCGAGAUGGUAGAGUUUUACCAAUCAACAGGAAACAGAGUGUUUUCCCUAAUGGGACACUGAUAAUUGAGAAUGUGGAAAGGUUGUCGGACCAAGCAACGUACACAUGCGUGGCACGAAAUGCUCAAGGUUACAGUGCCCGCGGAACACUAGAAGUGCAGGUGAUGGUCGCACCCGUCAUCACUCCGUUCUCGUUCGAGGGAGAGGCUAACUCUGGCGAAAACACGCAACUGACCUGCCACAUGUCGAAGGGCGACCUCCCCCUCCAGAUCAGCUGGAGCUUCCAUGGGCGGGAGCUGUCCUCCCACAUGGGUAUCACGACCGCCAAGAUCGGCGACUCGCUCAGCGUGCUAGUGAUACGGUCCGUGACGGCGGGCCACAGUGGCAACUACACCUGCACCGCUCGUAACGCGGUCGGUGUCGCCAAUCACACUGCUGCGCUGCAGGUGAACGUGCCUCCGAGAUGGAUUCAGGAGCCCACUGACAAAGCUUUCGCUCAAGGCAGUGAUGCCAAAGUUGAGUGCAAGGCUGAUGGCUUUCCGAAGCCCCAAGUCACGUGGAAAAGAGCAGCUGGUGAAACUCCAGGAGAUUAUAAAGACUUAAAACCUAACAAUCCCAACAUAAAAGUAGAGGAUGGAACCUUGACAAUCAACAACAUACAGAAAACUAGUGAAGGUUAUUACCUGUGCGAAGCUGUAAAUGGUAUUGGAUCUGGUCUGUCUGCUGUGGUCCUCAUUAGUGUGCAAGCACCACCUCAUUUUGAAAUCAAACUGCGCAACCAGACCGCCCGACGAGGAGAGCCUACAGUGUUGCAGUGUGAAGCUCGGGGAGAGAAACCUAUUGGAAUCCUCUGGAACAUGAAUAACAAGAGACUAGAUCCCAAAAGUGAUAACAGGUAUACAAUCCGUGAAGAAAUCCUUCCAAUUGGAGUCCUGUCAGACUUGAGCAUAAAGCGAACAGAACGAAGCGAUUCCGCUUUGUUUACCUGUGUAGCUACAAAUGCCUUUGGUAGUGAUGAUACUAGCAUCACCUUAAUUGUGCAAGAGGUUCCGGAGGUGCCGUAUGGUUUGAAAGUUUUAGACAAAUCAGGACGAUCCGUUCAACUCUCGUGGGCGGCUCCCUACAAUGGCCACUCUCCCAUCAAGCGAUAUCUGAUUGAAUACAAAAUAUCAAAAGGCACUUGGGAAGCCAACAUUGACAGGGUUCUUGUACCUGGGGAGCAAACAAUUGCAGGCGUGUUCAACUUGAAACCUGCCACCACGUACCACUUGCGCAUUGUGGCAGAGAACGAGCUGGGGGCUUCUGAUCCAUCCGACACGGUGACGAUCAUUACUGCUGAAGAAGCUCCCAGCGGCCCUCCCGUUGGGGUGAAAGUGGAGGCUGAGGACCAGCACACCCUGAAGGUGCUGUGGAAACCCCCAGAGCGCGACGAGUGGAACGGUGAGAUUCUUGGCUACUACGUCGGCUACAAGGAGGCAUCCUCGGAGAAGCAGUACGUGUUUGAAACAAUUGAGUUCAGCAAGGAGGAAGGCAAGGAACAUCAUCUCAAGAUCAGUGAACUGAAAACGUACACCCAGUACGCGGUGGUGGUGCAGGCGUUCAACAAGGUGGGUUCUGGGCCUGUGUCGGAAGAAGUGCGCCAGUACACGGCUGAAGGGAUCCCGGAGCAGCCUCCUCAGGACACAACCUGCACGACCCUCACCUCCCAGACCAUCCGAGUUUCCUGGGUGUCGCCGCCCCUCACCUCUGCCAACGGCGUCAUCAAAGGCUACAAAGUAGUGUACGGUCCCAGUGACACUUGGUACGAUGAGAACACAAAGGACACCAAAAUAACUUCAUCGAGUGAAACAAUUCUACAUGGCUUGAAGAAAUUCACCAAUUACAGCAUGCAGGUCCUCGCAUUCACUUCAGGAGGUGACGGUGUGCGCAGCGCCCCGAUUCAUUGCCAAACAGAACAAGAUGUACCUGAAGCGCCAAAUGCGGUUAAGGCCCUCGUCAUGUCAGGUGACUCGAUCCUUGUGAGCUGGAAACCACCCGAACAGCCAAAUGGGGUUGUGGUUCAGUAUACCGUUUAUGUGCGAGAGAUAUCAGAUGAAGGAAAAGAGCUAGAGCCAAGAAGCCAAAAAGUUCCACCAUUCCAAAUGAGUUACGAAGCUACAGACCUGAAGAAGGAAGAACGUUAUGAUUUUUGGGUCACUGCUUCUACUGUCAUUGGUGAAGGACAGCCUUCGAAACCUGUCUCCCUCUCACCAAGUAACAGAGUUCCUGCCAAAAUUGCUUCGUUUGACGAUUCGUUCACCGCCACGUACAAGGAAGACGUGAAGCUGCCGUGCCUGGCGGUUGGACUGCCAUCUCCAGACAUCAAGUGGAAGGUGAAAGGUGUGGCAUUCCAACAAGACGAUCGUCUGCGCCUUCUGCCCGAUGGUUCUCUGUUCAUCAAGUCGGUUUCUAGGCAAGACGCUGGCGAAUAUUCAUGCUCUGUAGAAAACUCUUUCGGCCAUGACACCAUCACUCACCAGCUUGUUGUACAUGCUCCCCCGCACUCCCCGCAGGUGACGCUCACCUCCACCACCACCACCUCCAUCACCAUGAAGCUGCGCCCCCACCCCACCGACACGGCGCCCCUGCACGGCUACACCGUGCACUACAAGCCCGAGUUCGGGGAGUGGGAGACGGUGCAGGUGGGCAGCCAGGCGCAGACCUACACGCUGGAGAACCUGUGGUGCGGCUCCCGCUACCAGAUAUACGUCACCGCCUACAACGGAAUCGGCACAGGCGACCCGUCCGACAUCCUGAACACUCGAACAAAAGGCUCAAAGCCAGUUAUUCCCGAAGCAAGUCGUUUCAUUGAGGUGUCCACCAACAGCAUCACGUUGCACCUAAGUGCUUGGUCAGAUGGAGGCUGCCCCAUGCUGUACUUUGUGGUCGAGCACAAGAAACAAAACCAGCAGGAAUGGAACCAAGUGUCGAACAACGUGAAACCAGGCGGAAACUUCGUAGUGCUUGAUCUCGACCCAGCCAACUGGUACCAUCUGCGCGUCACAGCACACAACAACGCUGGCUUCGCUGUCGCAGAAUACGAGUUUGCAACUCUCACCAUCACUGGAGGGACCAUCCCUCCCCCGGAGCGCGAGUCGCCGCCCAUGAACAAGUACUUCCCGUGGGUGCCCGAGUGGCUGGACCUCAACAUCGUGGUGCCCAUCGGGGCGACCGUCGUCGUCAUCAUCGUGGGAGUCCUGGUGAUCUGUGUGGCCCUCUCGCGCAGGUCCAGAGGGCCCGAGCAGACGCGGCUCAGAGAUGACGUUGUAUAUAAUCAGUCUGCGGGAGGCAAUUCCACAAUGGACAAGCGACGGCCUGAUCUGAGAGACGAACUGGGGUACAUUGCUCCUCCCAACCGCAAGUUACCUCCUGUCCCUGGAUCCAAUUACAAUACGUGUGAUCGUAUCAAGAGAGGUCAUGGGGGUUCAUUCCGUAGUCACGCCACGUGGGACCCUCGACACCCGCGCAAUAUGUACGAAGAGCUCUCUCACCACCACCCGGGAGGCCGGAGGAUCCCGGCGCAUCCGAACUCAGAUGAGACUAUGUACCACCGCGCAGGCAUGGAAGAUGAAAUUUGUCCGUAUGCCACAUUUCACCUGCUUGGCUUCCGAGAAGAAAUGGACCCGAACAAGGCAAUGCAGUUCCAAACGUUCCCGCAUCAGAACGGCCAUGAGCGCACGCACAGUGGCACCAUGGGCCCAAUAGGCGGGGCGAGCAAUGGCCACGUGCACCAGCGCAGUGGGUCGCAGUCCAUGCCCAGGACCAACGGACGCUAUUCGCGAGUCGGCAGCCAGAAUGGCCCAACCUUUUCACCUGGUCCGGAAUACGAUGAUCCUGCGAACUGUGCUCCUGAAGAAGAUCAAUACGGCAGCCAGUAUGGCCCGUACGGGGCUCCGUACGAUCACUACGGUAGCCGAGGAUCUGUAAGCCGCAGGAGUGUUGGCUCUGCUCGAAACCUGCCUCUUUCCGGCAGUCCUGAGCCUCCCCCACCACCGCCCCGCAACCACGACCCCAACAACUCUUCGUCAUACAACGAUUCAAAGGAGAGCAAUGAAAUUUCAGAGGCAGAGUGUGAUAGAGAUCAGCUUGUCAACAGAAAUUAUGGAGUAAAUGUCAGGAACAACAGCAAGGAUUUGACCACAGAAGAAAUGAGAAAGCUCAUUGAGAGAAACGAAGCAGGGCACCAUCAUCAACAAAACGGACUCGCAGUCACACCCUACGAUACUGUGGCAGUGUAACCUUUAGUUGCUGUCUCUACCAUUCAUCGUGGGAAGUUUGUUCAAUAUACGUACUUUCUAAAUUCUCUUAGAAAGUUUGGUUUUUGAAAGCCAUGUGCUAAAUGAAUUUUUUGCUUCGUUUUUAAGUGUACAUUUCAGUAACUGUUAAUGUGGUAUAAUAAGUGUGGCAACACACUAAAUUCCACACAUACACAUAUUGAUGUGUACCUAUGUCACUAUAGCAAAAUGGCAUUUAUUUAUCUCUUUUAGCAGUCAUUGAAAUAAUCGAACAUGUUCUGGAUGAGCACACAGGACAUUGAUAAUAUUUGCGAUUGCAAGGGCUGCUGUGUGUGUAUUUGUGUGUGUCCUAACUAUCAGUGAUACAAUGCUGUAAAAAUGUUUUAAUUGCUUUUGUUUUUUUAAUCAAUUUAAAAAAAGGUUUACCAAUAAGCAGAAAAUAUCAAAUAGUGUUAGUUUUUAGCAUACAGAGCAAGUUUUCUUCGUUCUAUUUUUGAAAUAAAAGCUCAAAACUUAUGUGAGAUGUGAUAUUUAUCAUGCAUGUGUGAUUUUUAGCAUCAAGCAGAUAGGAUAAAUGAAUGUUCUAAAAGUGAUGGCACCUUCAUUUUAAUAACAUAAAUAUUUGCAGAAAGUAAAAUAAUAUUCAACUGCUUCAGAUGUACUCUUCUUCAUUAGACCCUUAUAUUAAUAUUCAUAAUAAUUAUGGACUUGUGUUUUGUUUUAGUAAUGUGAUAUUUUAUUUGUAAUAUAUCAAUAAAGUUAAGACUGGUGUGUUCUUUUAAAUAGUCAGUGUAUAUUGCUUUUUAUUCGUGAUGAGAAGAGUUGUAAGCAACAUGUUUGGACCCAGACCAUCCUCAAGAAUAAUUAUUAUUUAGGUUGUGCGACUAUAGCAGUGUUUGUCUCUUCACCUCUCUUGUAAUCCUUUAUAGUGUUUUUAGUGUUAACUGUGAUCGUCUGUCCGGCAGGAAAGAGGGAAGACAUGCUGUGCUUUUAGCUUGUUUCCUCGGUGUGAAGGACCUGUAACCACCUUAAACGUGUGUGCCAUGGACCUGUUAAGUCUUGCCAGUAAAGCUAAUGCCAGGACAAUGGUACAUUAAUACUCUCGUCAAAUAAUAACAUUGGCAUUCGUAGCAAGUUUUAUGUUUUGAUUAGAUCACGUAGUUCUGAUAGAAUAAGCAAUCAUAUUGUUGUUCGUUUCUUUUCAGCAUUAUGUUUUCCCCUCUGUACCAAUGUAGCUUGCUACAUGUUUGUGUAUGUAUAUUGCAUAGCUUAUUCAUAUUUUCAUUUAGGCAUCUGAUUUUUAUUACUGAGAAAAUUACAAAAAUUGUCAAUAUAAGGAACAAGCUUUUCUUGUAUUAUGUACAUAUAUUUGUGAAAACUGCAUAUAUACAUAAGAAUCCAUUCACAGCUCUUCAAAAAUGAUAAUGGUAUUGCAUACUAGCCAUUUAAGGUUUUAAUUUAGAAGUAUUUCAUUGUGGCUAUAUAAAUAUUUGAAAUUAUCUUAUGAAAGCUUUUAAAAGGUGUUUAAAUAAUUUUUAUCAUAUGAUGUACACAUUCAGAUAGGUUUUACAUAUUCCAUUGAGUGUAAAGUUAAUAUGAAAGAACUAUAUAAUGGCCAACAGUAAGAGUAUAUUCACUGUUCUAAGUAUACUAGAGUUUUCUUUGUGUGUUUGUAACAAUGUAAGUUGUAACAGUAAGGGACUGAAAUUUAAAAUACUGUAUGACAAAAUAUCAAUAUUAAGAAACAGAAGAUUAUUCAUUGCAUUUUGAAAAUAGCUUAUGCUAUGUAUGCAGUGUAUGAGCGAGCAUGCAUGAGCGAGUGUUUUUUCUGCGUGAGGUAUUAUUUGUUAAUGUUUUGUUGAAAUGUGUGUAUGCCUUUAUUGCUUUUGCUGUAAUUUGAUUUGGUGUUUUUAACUUUUAUGGUCUUAAAAAAAAUUGAAAUUUUACAUCUUUGUAAUGCUAAGAGCCUUGUGAAUUAUGAAUGCUAAUUUUGAAAGGAAAAUUGCCAAAUACGUUUUACAUAUGUCAUGUUAGACUGUAAAAUGUUUCUGAAACUUUUUUUAUUAAAAAAAUUGCUUUGUAAAGCUGGUUGUCCAGGGUAAGGGCGAUGGAGGGGGUUACUUUUGUUGCUCCAGUGGAACCAGCAUGACAAGCUCUUUGUACCAAAGUUACUGUAGGACUAAUCAAUUUUUGUGUUAUUAAAGAUUUACAGUCAAAUAGA